AAAACCAACAACAAUCCAAACGCACGGAGGCAAAGAAAGGCUAAAAUUAUCUCAGGGAGUCUGGAAAUGGGCAGACAGAGAGCUGUAACUUUGUAAGAAUGUAGUUAGAAUUUGGUGGCGUUCUUUGUCAUAGUGCCACUUCCAUUUUACUCAACACAUGCUGCAGAUUAGAAUGGCAGGUUUGGACGUGAUAUCCAUAACUGCAGAGGACGAUGUGCUUUGUGCAAGUUUGGGUUUCGAAGGGGGAAGACGACGUAGAGGUUGGGUGUGAUGAUGGUUGCGAUGAGUGAGGAUAACGCUGCUCGAUGCAUUGGCAGUGUGUGUGUGUGUGUGAGAGAGAGAGAGAGAGAGAGAGAGAGGAAGGUGGGGUUAAAUUGGUUUUUUUGAGUGUAUGAGGUGUUGUGUGGCGAAAGUUUCCCAUGGUAUUGGUUUUGUAUUGAUUGCUUUGCUUGGUGAAGCAGCUGGCGGUAAGAGGGAGGAAUGUGUGUGGGAGGUUCGCCUCUGGAAUGAUUGAUUGGGGAGGGUGAUGUAAUGGGGUUUGGUGAGAAAUUAGGCCUGGCGCGAUAGUGAGCCAGAAGGUGAGAGAGGUAUGGCAGAUGAGAUUGCGAGGAUGUGCCUCCCGAAGCGAAUCGUAUUGGCAGCUGCUGCAAGUUCAUAACCAAAUGUGCGUAAGCUGUCGAGUGAUGCUCUUCGUCCAUUUCGCCUUUUCGGUUUUUGAGCAGUGAAGGUUAACAACAGCAUGGAACUACGGCAGGCCCAAUGUGCACGUUGGGGUUGGGAGAUGCAUGGUGAUCUUUCUGUAAUAGUUUCGAGGAGCAGGAGGUAGUGCAGAUUCUCUGAUCCAUGAUUCUUCUCUCGUUAGGACGCUUUGGGAACUGUGUAGUUGGUUGGUGCAGUUGUACUCCUGAGAUCCAUUGCUGUCUGAAUACCAGAAAUGGUUUCCCGGUGAGUUGACCGACCGGCUGUGGUCAUGGGACACGAGACGAAGUCAAAUUGCAACGUCAUGAGCUGCUUCUGGGGUUAGGUAAUUCUAGUGGGACUCUCGGAGAGGCGAUAAGCCUAACGUGUUUGUACUGGAUCAUCGGUGGCAGAAUGGUUAAUGGUGCCUUCUUGAAGUUCACAGGAAUUUUUUCGGUGCUCAAUACUGCAAGAAUGAAGAAUGGUAAAGAACGACGCGCUAUGUCUGGUCGCAAAAGUUGGAAGGUUUUGGGCUGAUAGCUCAGCUUUGCUGCAGCUGAGCCAUGGCGCUUUCAAGAACCACUGGAAUUUGUAGCGGAAUUCUGAGAGGCUUAUAGAACUGCGAGGAGGAGAGGCGGAAGGCAGUCAGGUGAGGAGCUAUGGCUCCCCCAACAAUUACGAGUCCGAAGCCAUUAGUGGAGAGCAACAAGGAUGUGGAUCCACAGAGCUACUCCCUUGAGAAAUUCAAGCUUUAUGAGACACGCGCGAAAUUCUAUUUAGUGGGGAGGGACAAGAAAAAGCAGCACUGGCAAGUGCUGAAGAUCGACCGCUCGGAACCCUCCGAUCUCAGCAUGCUUGAAGACCCCACGAUUUACACCGAGGCGGAGAUCAAGUUGCUGCUGGCACGCGUUGCUGAAGGAAAUAAGUCCAGUGGUGGUCUCAACCUUGUCACCCAAGCUUAUGGCAUUGUCGGGUUCAUCAAGUUCAUGGAGUCCCACUACAUGAUUCUUGUGACAAGGCGUCGACGGAUUGGGACACUAUGUGGGCAUGCAAUCUAUUGCAUUGACGAAAGCCAGCUUAUCACCGUCCCGCACUCUACUGUGCAAACUGAAGCCUCCCAUUCGAAGGUGGAACUAAGAUACAAGAAACUGCUGGGAGGUGUGGAUCUUACGAAAGACUUCUACUUCAGCUAUACCUACCCCAUCAUGCGGACCAUGCAGGCCAAUGUGAAAGCACUGGGCGAGAAUCAAAUGCCUUAUGAGAACAUGUUCGUUUGGAAUGCUUUCCUCACAAGUGGAAUUCGGAAGUCCCUGAAGAAUACUCGGUGGAUUGUUGCUCUAGUCCAUGGAUUCUUCGAGCAGACACGACUCUCAAUAUUUGGGCGCAUUUUUGUCAUCACACUUAUUGCAAGGCGAUCCAGGCACUUCGCUGGCACACGGUACUUGAAGAGAGGCGUCAAUGACAAAGGUCGAGUGGCAAACGAUGUCGAAACAGAGCAAGUGGUCUCGAAUGAGGAGGUGGGAAUUGACCCAUGCACUGGACAAAUUAGCUCUGUAGUGCAACAUCGAGGCUCCAUUCCAUUAUUCUGGUCCCAGGAAAUGUCUCGACUCAGUCCAAAGCCUGACAUUAUCUUGCAGAGAUUUGAUCCCGUUUACCAUGCUACCAAGCUUCACUUUGACGACCUUGCAAGUAGAUAUGGGAAUCCUGUUAUUGUUCUAAGUCUCAUCAAGACAGUAGAGAAACGGCCCCGUGAAAUGAUGUUGCGAAGAGAAUUUGCCAACGCGGUGGGGUACCUGAAUCAAAUGUAUCCCGAGGAAAGGCGCCUACAGUUCAUACACUGGGAUUUCCACAAAUUUGCUAAAAGUGGCAGCAAAUCCGCCAAUGUACUGGCCGUUCUGGGGGGGGUGGCAGCUGAUGCACUUGAUCUAACAGGAUUCUACUACAGUGGCAAAACUUUCAUCUCGAAACGGAAACCACAAUUACCCAUUCUUCAAACUGCCCCAUCGAUUGGGACUGGUAGGAACUUGUCUCCCUUGAGAGACAGAACCUUGUCCCUGGAUCUGUCGUCAGAUCGUCGUCUAGCAUUGGACAUGGGGAGUCGGCAACUAUCCUUGGACCUAGGCAAAUUGUUCUCCGCUGUAGGCAACAGCAGCAUGAAUGGGAGACUUAUUUUUCAAGAGGUUGAGCCUAAACCUCCCGUCAUCGAUAAGGCAAGCGAGCCAUUCUAUCAGAACGGUGUUCUCAGAACGAACUGCAUAGAUUGCCUUGACCGCACUAACGUUGCCCAAUAUGCUUACGGCUUGGAAGCUCUUGGCCGCCAGCUCCAAGCUGUUGGCUUGAUGGAUGUCCCAAAAUUGGAUCCAGACUGUGGGGUAGCAGCUUGCCUUAUGGACAUGUAUCAAAACAUGGGUGAUUCUCUGGCACUUCAGUAUGGUGGUUCCGAGGCUCAUAAUUACGUAUUCCCAGAGAGGCAGGGAAAGUGGAAGGCCACCACCCAAUCACAAGAGUUCUUGAAGUCUAUCAGACGUUACUACAGCAACACCAUCACCGACGGUGAAAAACAGGAUGCUAUGAACUUAUUUCUGGGCCACUUUCAACCUCAAGAAGGAAAGCCGGCUUUGUGGGAUCUGGAAUCGGACUACUAUUUGCAUGUUGGAGGUCGAGGGGAAGAAUUUGGCAGUGAGGAUAAUAAAAAGUUGGCUAAAAGAAUCAGUGAUAAGGCCUUGACACUUAGCUCUCAAAAUUCUAGAAAGAACAAAUUGUAUGCAACAUCACCUUGUCGGCUAGAUUUUCACCGACUCAAGAUGACAUCAUUCGAUAAGCUUCAGCAAAUCUGUGGGCCAGUUACAAACGUGCGCUUAUAUACAGAGACUGGCCCAAAAGGUGCCGAAGUCGCAUUAAGAGGGGUUGCAAGAGAUGCUGCGGAGGUGCAGCUGAAAAGCCCAAAUUGGCUCUACGGCCAGCGAAGGCCCGAAAAGGGGACAUCACCUAGCAAGUCACACACUGAGCAAGUUGCAGAAGCGCACGCAGCCAAAGUGAAGGAAACAAAGAAGGAAUUAGAGGACUUAGAUUGGCUUACGAAUCUAUGCCCUUCUGGUGAGGAAGAGCUCUUUGCAAGAUAUGUUCUCGUAGAAUCGACAGAUGAUGAUUCCUGGUACGGAACUAAAAUCCUCCCAGGUACUGUUGAAGAGAGCGCGGCCAAUCAACACUAUCUGCAGUGCUGCAAGGGACCAUCGAUUGAUCCGUGGGAUUGGACAAGUACUGGUGGAAUGGAUUCGUUUCAAACUGUAGCCGAUGUAAUACAGGAACAGGACGAGGAUAUGAUGAGGAUGGCCAUGGAAUCAGCGAUAAGUCAGUUCCAAACUGUUGGCUCUUCUGUUCCUUACAACCAGAUCAUGCCCCUGGCUCCUGCAGGCUCCGAUUGCAUGGUCACCUUCCGAGACUGGCUACCUCGCGACAACUCCCUUUGUAAAGUUCUGUCGUAGCUAGUCUUCGAGCUGGCUGCAAAGCUCCUUAGAAAGUUGUACAAAUUAUCGACAUCUGAGGAUCACGAAUUUACGAAAUAAUGCCUCAGUAAUCACUGUAAAAAUGUGUGCCAUCUUUGGCUCCACUCCAGGGAUGCAAUUUGCGUGCAACUGUCUAGAUUAGGGUUUAGAAGAUGAUCGAAAAGUUCCCUAGAAGUGCUCAGAUCUUAUCUUGAAAAUCGACGGCCUGGACGCUACAGUGGGUGGUUUUCGUGGCCUUGUACAUAAAAGCCAAAUGUAUGUCGUUAGUGAAGAAACUGAAGUUGAACAAUUCUCUCAUUUACUUCAAUGACGCCAUGUCUCGAUGAA